CGCUGAGCUUCGUCUCCUUCGAGCUCUGGGCGUUUCAUUUAUUCAGUCUCUCAGAUGAUGCAGAGAAGUUCAGUCCUUUGCUGCUCCAAUCCCUUGCCUUCUUCGCCGUACCCUCUAACCUUCGUUCGGCGGUUCGCUACCGGCUGCCGGAGCCGGCUUCCUCCCCUGGUCUCAGCUUCCUCGCCGUUGUGGUUGCGUGUCACGCGCUUGCAGAAUCGUAGAAUCGCCAUCUCUUCCCUGCAGAGCAACGCUGCUCAAGAGAUCAUUGAAACCAGUCUGACAGAAUCUGGAUAUGUUGAAAUUGGAUAUAUAUCAAGAGUUCAUGGGCUGCAAGGGGAGAUCUGUGUUAAACCCACCACUGAUUUCCCUGAACUCCGAUUUUGUAAGCCUGGAAGAAGAUGGUUAAAGCAUCGAGUAUCAGGUAGAGACAUGGUGCAAGAAAUCGAGCUAGUUGAUGGAAGAGGACACCCUGGACAAAAGACUUGGAUACUGAAAUUUGAAGGAAUUGACACAGUAGAUCAGGCCAAACAACUUAUUGGUUCAACAUUACUUGUUGCGAAGAGAGACAGACCAGAGUUAGAUGAAGGGGAAUUUUAUACACAUGAUCUUGUUGGCAUGAGAGUUAUUCAUAAGGAAACUGCUGAAGUAGUAGGAACUGUGGUGAGUGUUUACGACAGUGGAGCCAACGAUCUUUUGCAUGUUCAGCUAGACUCAUCUGCGCGUACUCUAGAUGGUAGUGGAAAGUCAAAGGAAGAAGAGAAUGGUGCUCCUGAUCGUCUAAUAUGGGUGCCAUUUGUCGAAGCAAUUGUUCCAGACAUUGAUGUACAGAGGAAAGAGAUGUUUAUUACACCUCCAAAGGGACUCCUCGAGUUAAAUUUGCGGUCGGACACAAUCUCAAAGAAAGAGAGGCGACAGCUUGAAUGGAAAGAAAGGAAAAGGUUCCAAAAACGCCUAAUAGCAGCAAAAAAGAAGCUCUGUGAAUUGGAGCAACAGCACGUAUUUCAUGGGUUUAGAUAUGGAGAAAAAGCCCAAGGGAGGUUACUCGCAGAUCAGAUUGUCGGCAUAAACUCUAAAUUGCUUCAACAGGCUUUGCAAAAUAUCCAGAUGUCCUCUGAAAUAAAUAAUGUAGCUAAGUUCCUUGGUGGUACAAAGUCCAAGGUACCUGCCACAACUGUAGAGAAGCUCAGCGCAAACUCUUCUUUUCAUGAAAAUGGGAACCGCCUCAUUUUUGAAGGCAAAUUGGCCAUUCUGUUGGUCGUAAAUGACAGUGACAGGCUGGAUAUCUCCAAUUCAGAUAGUUUUCCAGAGUUCCUCGUUCAGGUGGAAGAUCGUGGAUCUGUGCCAAUGAUAUUGAUUUCCCCAUCCCAUCAAAUCACCCCUUUGGAAAGGUUGUUCUUAGAAAAUGACUAUUUCGCAUUUGACUCAAAGAAGGUCUGGUUUUUGGAAGAAGAGAUGCUACCAGUUGUCAGCAUUUCAACAGAAGAACCAAAAAAGCAUAAGAUUCUGAUGAAAUCUCCUUGGGAGAUGCUACAAUCACCAGUUGGACCUGGAGGAAUAGUAAGCUCGUUAUCAUCACAGCAUAUGCCCGAGAUUCUUACUGAACUCGGUGUGGAGUAUCUAUGGGUAUGCAGCACCGAUCGAGUUUUACAAGGUGCACCAGAGCUGCUUCUUGGGUUCACUAAAUCGAAGGAAGCAGAAGUGGGCAUUCAGGUCUCAGAAGAUACUAAACAGCCUGAGCAAAGUGUCGACAUGAUAUUGUCCUUGAGCUUUCUGAACAAACUGGUGAAUCAGAUAGACAAGCUUCAGUACUUUGCCAUUCCGAAGGCAAGCUCACAUGUGGAGUUCAUUGAGAAGCAGUGGGUGGAUGUGGUCCCGUCCUCUCCAAACUCGUAUGAGAUUCGUGGCUCACUCUAUAGUUGCUUAAAUUUUUGUUCCUCAGACAAGGUUUGUUUACUGGAGAUCAAUGACUAACUAUAAGUAUACAAAGAGGCUAUUUUUGGGGAUGACUAGUUUAAAGUCAUCGACUGGACCUCAGAAAGCUGUACACUAUUGUUUCCUAUGAUGAGAGGAUUGCAGACACGGUGAUGGCUUUGAGAAAUCGAUCUUUAUGGCUCAAUCAAAUGGCC